GAGGAGGAAGCGUGACGAGGACAGGCACGACAUCAACAAGAUGAAGGGUUACACCCUGCUGUCCGAGGGCAUCGACGAGAUGGUGGGCAUCAUCUACAAACCCAAAACCAAGGAGACCCGCGAGACCUACGAGGUGCUGCUCAGCUUCAUCCAAGCGGCUCUUGGGGACCAGCCGCGUGACAUCCUCUGCGGAGCCGCUGACGAGGUCCUGGCAGUGCUGAAGAACGAGAAGUUGCGGGAUAAGGAAAGGAGGAAAGAGAUCGACCUGCUGCUGGGACAGACCGAUGACACCCGUUACCACGUGCUGGUCAACCUGGGGAAGAAGAUCACGGAUUAUGGUGGAGACAAAGAAAUCCAGAACAUGGAUGACAACAUUGAUGAGACGUACGGGGUCAACGUGCAGUUUGAGUCCGAUGAGGAGGAAGGUGACGAGGACAUUUACGGCGAAGUGCGUGACGAGGCGUCCGACGAUGACAUGGAGGGAGACGAAGCCGUUGUGCGUUGCACCCUCUCAGCCAACCUUGUGGCAUCGGGUGAGCUGAUGAGUUCGAAGAAGAAGGAUCUACAUCCUCGAGACAUCGACGCCUUUUGGCUUCAGCGGCAGCUGAGCCGCUUCUACGAUGAUGCCAUUGUUUCCCAAAAGAAGGCAGAUGAAGUGCUGGAGAUCCUGAAGACUGCCAGUGAUGACCGGGAAUGUGAGAACCAGCUCGUUCUGCUCCUGGGCUUUAACACCUUCGACUUCAUUAAAGUCUUGCGGCAGCACCGGAUGAUGAUCCUGUACUGCACUUUACUGGCCAGUGCACAAAGUGAAGCUGAAAAAGAAAGGAUAAUGGGGAAGAUGGAAGCGGAUCCCGAGCUGUCAAAGUUCUUGUAUCAGCUGCACGAGACAGAGAAGGAGGAUCUCAUCCGGGAGGAACGCUCUCGCCGGGAACGUGUUCGUCAGUCCCGGAUGGAUACUGACCUGGAGACCAUGGAUCUGGACCAAGGAGGAGAGGCACUGGCUCCCCGGCAGGUGCUGGAUUUGGAGGAUCUGGUGUUUGCCCAAGGCAGUCACUUCAUGGCCAACAAGCGCUGCCAGCUCCCCGACGGCUCUUUCCGCAGACAACGCAAGGGCUAUGAGGAGGUGCACGUGCCUGCCCUCAAGCCAAAGCCUUUUGGCUCUGAAGAGCAAUUAGUUUCUGUGGAGAAGUUACCCAAAUAUGCCCAGGCUGGAUUCGAGGGGUUUAAAACCCUGAACCGUAUUCAGAGUAAACUCUACCGCGCUGCCUUGGAGUCAGAUGAGAACCUGCUGCUGUGUGCUCCCACGGGUGCUGGGAAAACCAACGUGGCGCUCAUGUGCAUGUUGAGAGAAAUAGGAAAACACAUCAAUAUUGAUGGAACCAUCAACGUGGAUGAUCAAGAUCAUUUACAUCGCACCCAUGAGGUCCUUGGUGCAGGAGAUGGUGGGCAGCUUCGGGAAG